CAAUAACUUUCUUAAUAUUCUCUUGCAAAACAAGAAAUAUAUUAUUAUUAUGAUUAUGGCUUUACAAGGACUUCACCUUUAUCCAUUCUUCAUCAUUCUUCUUCUUCUUCUUUCCAUUAUUAUCAUUAUUCCUAGUUAUGAUUGUUUGCAAGGUGACACCCUUAAUCAUUACCUUGAAGAAGAAGAAGAAGGAGGAGGAGAAGCAUUUGGGUAUGAUUCUCAAGCUUAUCCUUCUUAUUUUAGCCCCAUUGAGGAUGGCCAGUUCAAGGAUUUCAUCAAGUUAAGAUCUACUAAUGUUCUUAAUUUGAAGAUAUUUGAUAAAGUAGGUAGCAUACCAACUUCAGUUAAAACAGUUAGUGUUGAUGAUUUUCGAGCUAAUUCAAACGACAUCGAUGAUGCAGAGGCAUUUCAAAAGGCAUGGGUGGAAGCUUGUUCGUCCAAAGGAGCAGUUCUUGUUGUGCCUAAAAAUAGGUAUCUUGUGAAGCCAGUUAGAUUCUCAGGUCCUUGCAAAUCCAAUCUCACAGUGCGGAUAUAUGGAACCAUUGAAGCAUCAGAUGAUCGAUCAGACUAUGAGAAAGAUGAUAGACGACACUGGCUUGUCUUUGAUCAAGUUCAGAAUUUGUUAGUUGAAGGUGGUGGAACUAUUGAUGGAAAUGGCAAGAUUUGGUGGAAAAAUUCAUGCAAAGUCGAUAAGGAUCUUCCUUGCAAGGACGCCCCUACGGCUCUCACCUUCCAUAAAUGCCAGAAUUUGGUCGUGGAUAACCUGAAAAUCCAAAAUGCACAGCAAAUGCACUUGUCUUUUCAAAGCAGCAAGGAUGUUCAAGUCUCUAAUCUUAUUGUAACUUCACCAAAGGAUAGCCCUAACACUGAUGGAAUCCAUGUCACACAUACCCAGAACAUUCAGAUUACAAAUUCAGUCAUAGCAACGGGUGAUGAUUGCAUCUCUAUUGCAAGUGGAUCCCAAAAUGUGCAAGCCAUGGACAUAACCUGUGGACCAGGUCAUGGAAUAAGUAUUGGAAGCUUAGGCUCUGGCAAUUCAAGAGCUUAUGUUUCAGGUGUAACCAUUGAUGGAGCUAAGCUUUCUGGCACUAGCAAUGGUGUCAGGAUCAAAACAUGGCAGGGAGGUUCAGGAAUUGCCAGCAACAUCAAGUUUCAAAAUAUUGAAAUGCAAAAUGUCAGCAAUCCCAUUAUCAUAGAUCAGUACUAUUGUGAUAAUCAUAAAUCAUGCAAAGAACAGCGAUCGGCGAUUCAAGUGAAAAAUGUGGUGUAUAAGAACAUAAAGGGGACUAGUGCUUCUAAUGUGGCAAUAAAAUUUGAUUGCAGCAAGACCUAUCCAUGUCAAGGGAUUUUGAUGCAAGAUGUUAUCUUGGAAAGAGAAGCAGGGGAUCACAAAGCAAAAGCUUUAUGUAACAAUGUUAAUUUGGCUGAAAUGGGUGUUGUUUCUCCACAUUGUCCAUGACUAAAAUUUAAGCAAGAUGUGCAUUGCCAUUGAUAUGUUGUAAUUAAUUAUAUAUGCGCCAAAAAAAAUAACAGAAUUAAUACAUAUUGUUACUUGAUUAACUUGUAAUCAGUCCUAUGCUACAAGUUUUCAAAACACCUUUUUAGAUAGGGAGUAUGUAAUGAAGGAAAAUUCUUAUCUAAACU